AUGGCUCCUCCAGAUCUCAAUUCUCUUCCUCCUUCCAGAUCCAUGUCUUCCUCCCCCAUGCAGCCCAGGUCUAUGCAAUCUGCGGCGUCCCCUCCCAACCGACGACAGACUCCCUCACCUCGAACGUCUUCCCUAUCACUGGCCACUGCUGCCAUCGCCAAUGCCGCAAAUGAAUCCCGAAGAUCUUCUUUGAGCAAUCGAGGCUCGCCCAGACUUGGCCGAAUGCCUAGUGAUCGUCGCCGUUCUCAAGUCGCUCUCAACCUCAAUUUGAACGACCCAACUCUUCCCAGUCCUGGUGAGCUCUCGAGCAAUGAUCCUCGAGUCAGUGUUGGCCACAGUUACGUCUCAGCAAGUCCAUCUACCAUUGGCGGAAGACCCGCCAUUGCCACUGGUGACCCCCAUCAUCAACGACAACCAAGUCUAGGUGACAUUCACAAUGAGUUGGAGCAAGAACAAGAGGCACAAGUCAAUCGGAUGCUACAAAUGAUCAGAGAGCAACAACUUCAACUCGACGCUCUACGAAACUCUCAGAACGAACAACCCUCCACACGAUCAUCACAACGCAACUUCGCCGUGACGGGCAACAGCCAUGCAAUCGUGGACGACGAAACCCCGGCUUCUGAACGCUCGAUCUCAUUCCCUUCAAUCCAUCCCGCGGUCCCCGCGGCUCCACAACCAACGAGACGCAUAUCUCGCGGUCCCUCCAGCGCGAGUCGUUCCCCGGCCUUACGACCUCUUCUAGGCCACGAAUCCAGUAUCGGAACCAGCGGCGACUGGCCUCCCUCGCCAAUCGAAUCUGCUGCAAGAAACAGCUUUCGCGAUGAAAGCGCCUUCUACCAAGCCGAGACUGCUAAUCUGACGCGCGAGAAUCAAAUGCUGAGAAUGAGGAUCCGAGAGCUGGAGAAACAAAUCAGUGAAUUGAACGCCCUGCCCGCCAACACGCCGGUCACUCCAAGCAACUUGGUCACAAGCCCACCUGUGGAGGCCGAAGGAGAGGAACCUGCAGCAGCGGAGAUUGCGAGGAUCACCACGGACCCAGAUAAAGCUUGA